AUGCCCGGGUAUCAUGGUAUGCCGCUUUAUGGAGGCGCAAUUGUUUGCGAUAUACCAGACAAGUUUGCCGAUGUCAGCAAACUACGGCAAGUACCAGAUAACCAAGAAGUAUGGAUCGACAAAGAUGGCUUUACCAGCAUCAUAUUCGAUAUCACGGAGCGAGUCGGCGAGCCGGGACAUGGACCCGAGAUCGACGGCCGCGCAAUGACUAUACACCUGGAAGACAUGGUCGGGUCCGAUAUUGACACUGUAAAGAUCUGGAAUACUGCGGAAACUGAGUUUUCCCGCCUCGAAUCGAAACCCCCAGCGUACACGCUCAUCGCCACCCAGACCCCCAGAAUCGGGCAAUCUCGCCAAGGCGGCUCACCACCGGACUUCACAGCUAUUAUAAUGACGCUUUUGCGGCUGGAAAAGUACAACUCGGACAUUCUCAUUACAAUCAAUGUCCCACAUAUAAAGGGGGAGUAUGACGAAGACGAGGUUGACCUGGAGCUUGGCAAGCAGGGCAAGUUGAUUGGGGAUGCCGUGGAAUAUUCGGCUCGCAUCUGGGAAUCGCUAAAGAUCAAAGACUGGGAACUUUUUGGAGAGUCAUAA